ACCUUAGCGACGGCCGAGUUCGCCAUCAUCUGCGAUUGGAUGCACGGCGAUGUCUGGUGUGUGAUUGGCCGUUUGUGGGGAUUGUUCGCGUUGUUGGAGGGAGCAAAACGAAUAAGCGAAAGGUAAUUAUGGAAACAUUGCAGCAUCCGAUCCGGGUCCCUUAUAAAAGCGUAACACAUCAACAACCAAAGCGCUUUCUCUAUCCUUCUCCUUACCCCCUUCCUCCUUGCUCGACUCGCUCUUGCCCAGGCUGUUGCCUUGUGCUGCUUAGUUCGACCCGGUGUCGUUUACACUCUUUCUUCCACCGCAGACUUCUUGAAGCUGUCCUUACCUCCCUUCAUUCUUUAACCUUCGACUUUCUCUACACCGGCCAAGCUCGAUUUUUUUUUUCACAUCAGAGAUGUUCUCCAAGGCUAUCCUCGUCGCUUUCCUUUCUCUUGCGCUCGCCGCAAACGCUGCUCCGGCGUUCAACAAGGAUGCAUGCUCUGCUGUCGUUUCCACCGUCACGGUGACUGCUCCUGCUGCUGUGAACACAGGAAACACCCUUGCGGUUGGUAAUCAGAACGGUAACGGUGCUAACAACGCUGCCCAAAACGGUGCCGCGGGUAAUAACAACAACAAAGGUGGCAACAACGGCAAUACCAAGGGCGGAAAUAACGCUAACAAUGGUGGCAACGCUGCUAACAACGGCAAUAACGCCGCUAAUGGCAAUAACAAUAACAAGGGUGGCAAUGCGAACGCAGGCGGUAACGCCAAUAACGGCCAGGGGGCUGCUACUACCACCUCUGCAGCGGCAGCUGCCACCAGCAGUGCUGCAGCAGCAGGUGGUAACAAUGGUGGCAACGCUAAUAACGGCACCAACAAUGGUAAUAAUAACGGCAACAACAACAACGGUAACAACAACGGAAAUGGUAACGCUGGCGGCGACGCUCAGACGUCUCUCACCUUGGAUCCCUCCGUCCUUGCCAAGGGCUUCGAGAAUGACGGUCAAGAUCAACCCGCUGCUGGUCAAGUUGCUUCGUUGACUUCAUCGAACAAUUUCAUCAACUUCUGCGCUACCGUCGCCAACCUUCCAAUUACCAACGGUCAACAGGUCAAGACCGGUUCAUGCAACCCCGCACCUAUGGGUAUCAUUGCCGCGACGACUAACAUGCCUUCAUCAAAGUUCUCGAACCCCAAGAACUUCGAUACCAUUAAAGCAAACACCGCUUUCACGAUUUCCAUGGCCAUCAAGAACCUCGAGACCGGUCACUUCACCAACGCCCAGGAGAACUACUUCGCUGCCCCUCAACAAAUCAACGCCGGUGGUACUAUCCAGGGUCACUCGCACGUCGUCAUUGAGCAAAUCGACGCUAUUGACUCGACUGCUGUGACCGACCCCACGAAGUUUGCGUUCUUCAAGGGUCUCAACGAUGCUGCUCAGGGUGGUGUUCUCACUGCUGACGUCACAAACGGUCUUCCCGCCGGUAGCUACCGUCUUGCAUCCAUCAACUCCGCUGCCAACCAUCAACCUGUUCUCGUUGCGGUUGCUCAGCACGGAUCUCUCGACGAUAUGGUCUACUUCACUGUUACCAACGACGGUAAGGCCGCGGCUGGUGCAGGCAAUGCUGCAGGGGGCAAUGCAGCAGCAGGUAACGCAACUGAUACUGGUGCUGCCGCUGCCGCCUCUGCUUCAGCUACUGCUGCUGCAGGCAAGGGCAACAACAACGGCGGUAACAACAAUAACAAGGGUGGUAACGGCAACGCUCAGGCCGGCGCCGCUCAAGCUGGAAACAACCAGAAAGGUGGCAAGGGUGGCAAGCGGUGGUUCUUCUAGACGUCGCUUCCUCCUAGACACUUGUUCCACGCUAUCAUUAUUGACUCUUGCUUAAAAACUUGCAUCUGUAUCAUUAUAGCUUAGGCGGACACUCCCACUGCCCUCUCGCAUUGUCUAUCUCUGUUUUCGAGCUUCUCCUCACUACGUCGGUUUCCUUUUUUUCUUUUCUCCAACGUUUCUAGAUUCUUUGCAGCACGCUUGUCGUGGCGACGCCCUUAUUGUAGUACCUAGUGUAUUACUUACGAUUUCCUAGUAGCAGAGCGAAAUCACAAUGGAGUUUCCGUUGUAAACU